UUUGCUGGAAGACAAUCGAAAUCUUUCAAAUCUAUUCAAUCUUUUGUAAGACUAUUGCAAUUUUGUUCUUUUAAUUGUUACUUUUUUGUUUCACUCUUAAUUCCUCUCUUUUGGUUUCAACUCUCUCCCCUUAAUCUGAUUGCGUAAUUCAAAUUCUUCGUUUCUAGCACUUCCUAUCUUUGUUUUUUCCCUUUUUUUUCCUCAUUUUUUCUUGUUUAGAAUCCGACUUUUUUUUGUGUAUGAUUUGGUUCUAAUUCAGUGUCUUUGCGGGUUUUGGAAAAUUAGGGCUUUGGGGUUUUGUACCUUUGGGGUUCAACUUCUAAAGGUUUGGUAGGUGUUCGAUAUUUUUCCCAAGUGAAUUAGAUUAGUGAUGUCUAUGAACAAUAACAAUCCCUCCAAGAGCCUUGGGGCGUCUUCGUCGCCUGUUGCUAAUGCGGGGAUGGUAGCUCCAUCGAUGUCUGGAAAUCCUGCAUUCUCGCAGGCACAGGCACAACUAAGUGCUGAUUUUCAAGCUCAGUUUCAGUUAUCACAAGCUCAGGCCCUUGCUCUGGCUCAGUUGAAAGCUCUGGCCCAUGCUCGAGCUCAAGGGCAGUCUGUUCAUGCCCAAUUCCAAGCACAACUUCAAGCUCAAAGUUUGGCCCUUAGCCAAACUCAAAAUGCUGGCCUUGGUAAUUUAAGUUCGUCAUCGCCAUCCAUGUCUACUCCUGGCAGUGCAAGUGCAAGGAGGAUCUUUCAAAGGCCCCCCAUGUAUCCUCCUACUGUUCCGAUGACAAACACUAUGUCCCCUUUGAGAACAGUGGAACUUACACAGGCAGCUAGAAGAAAGAAGCAGAAGGUUCCUGACAAACAGCUACAAGAAAGAGUGGCUACCAUUCUUCCCGAAUCCGCUUUGUACACCCAGCUUCUUGAUUUUGAGGCACGAGUUGAUGCUGCGGUUGCUCGGAAAAAAGUUGACAUCCAAGAGGCACUAAAAAGCCCACCUAGUGUUCAGAAAACUCUUAGAAUAUAUGUUUUCAACACAUUUGCUAAUCAGAUUCAGACAAUUCCAAAGAAGCCUAACGCAGAGCCCCCGGUGUGGACCCUUAAGAUUAUUGGGAAGAUCUUGGAAGAUGGGAUAGAUCCUGAUCAGCCUGGGUUUGUUCAUAAAACGAACCCGUUGUACCCAAAGUUUUCAUCCUUCUUCAAAAGAGUGACUAUCUCUUUAGACCAGAGACUGUAUCCGAAUAAUCAUAUCAUUAUAUGGGAGCAUGCUCAAUCUCCCGCACCACAAGAAGGUUUUGAGGUGAAGAGAAAGGGGGAAAAAGAAUUCACUGUGAAUAUUCGGUUAGAAAUGAAUUAUGUUCCCGAGAAGUUCAAGCUUUCUUCAGCUUUAAUGGAAGUCCUUGGUAUUGAGGUUGAUACACGCCCUAGAAUUUUAGCUGCAAUUUGGCAUUAUGUGAAAGCUAGAAAACUUCAAAACCCAAUUGAUCCGUCUUGUUUUAAUUGUGAUGCACAGCUUCAGAAAGUUUUUGGGGAAGACAGAGUGAAAUUUACCAUGGUUCCACAGAAGAUAUUGCAGCAUUUGUCUCCACCACCACCCAUACAUUUGGACCAUAAAAUCAAGCUUUCUGGGAAUAGUCCUGCUGGAAAUGCAUGCUAUGAUGUGUUAGUCGACAUACCCUUUCCUAUACAAAGGGAAUUGUCUGCUCUGUUGACAAAUGGAGAAAAGACCAAAGAGAUUGAUGCUUGUGAUGAAUCAAUAUGUGCUACUAUAAGGAAAAUUCAUGACCACUGUAGAAGGCGUGCAUUUUUUCUAGGAUUCAGUCAAUCUCCAGUAGAAUUUAUAAAUGCUUUAGUUCAGUCUCAGACCCGGGAUCUGAAAUUGGUAACUGGAGAACCUAGUCGAAGUGCUGAAAAAGAGCGGCAAUCAGAUUUCUUUAACCAACAAUGGGUUGAAGAUGCUGUUAUCCGUUAUCUGAAUCGCAAGCCACCUCCCGGAAGUGAUGCUCCAGGAAGCUCAUGAAUCAUGGAAACCAGCUGCUGGAAUUGAUUUUCCAGGGAGAA